AUGCAACUGGUUUCUUGGAUUUACUUGUUGGCCUUUUCAUUGCCAGUCGUUAAAGGCGCGUAUGAGGUGGUCGGUCCUCCAGUUGGUCAGAAUGUUACAGAGUAUAUGCAUGCCCGCCAGAAGCGGCAUCAGUUGAUCUACAGGAAUGGAGGAACCAUCCGUUUGGUGGUGGGUCCCGUGAUGGCCACUCAGCUCGAGGAUCCCGUUGUGUGGCGCAGCAUGGUCUACUACUAUGUGCUACAUUUUGGCGCAUUUACCCUGCCAUCAGCUCCACUUUACCCCUGGGACAAGUGGGAGGCGAUAUAUGCCCGUUCGUUGCAGGAGAAGAUCAGGAGCUUGGAUGAGUCGCACGAGGACGACACUCGCCUAUUUGUGUAUGCCAUCUUGGAGAAUUACAUGGACCAAGUGAGUGAAUCGGUGGGCCGAGGUCGAAACUGUUUGCUGCGAGGCAUCUGCGAAAAUGCCCAGGUUCAUCACCAUGUGGGUAUCAUGGCGGAGCUACUAAACGUUCUACUCACACCUGGUAAGACGCGCUUGGAUGUGGAAUACACGGAAGCUUUUGCAGCUGGCAAGGCUGGGAUUGAUUGCCUAGCUCACUAUUCGGAUUGUCCAAGAGGUGAAAGUGUGUUGGAUGCCUAUGCUGUGGAUGUGGAGUAUUGA